AUGCGUGCCAAGUUUCAGGACAAUUUUGAGUUUCUUCAGUGGUUCAAAAAGUUUUUCGACGCAAACUUUGACGGGCAUGAGUAUGACGCGGCUGCAGCACGGAAUAAUGAGGAAUUUCCUGCGGCCUUGCCUGGCGGUGCCACUAAGAAAGCACCUCCGGCUGUUGGUAAUUCAACUGCUGCAGCUACCAGGCGUUCAACAGCGCAAGGGCCAACAUCUCGACCUGUUAAUGCUCGGGAUACCAGGCGUUCCUUAAAUGUUAGUGCAAGAGCAGUACCGGCGGCAGCGCCAAAAGCUGUGGCGAACACUCGUGCACCUCCAUCUGCAGCAACAACAACUGCUUCAGCAGCAGCUAAGCGUCGUCCUCCAAUUGUUCAUUCUCCUCAAAAGAAUGGUGUAACUGUUCGGAAUGGACAACAGACAUUGCGUACAUCAGGACGUAAAAGUACUGCUCCUUCAUCUACUGGAAAUCGUAGUGGAAUUGGGACUGCUGAAAUUACUCUUAUUGAACAACAGAAAAAAGAAUUGCAAUCUCAAAUUGAUGAGAUUACCAAAAAUUCUUUAAUCUACGAACGUGAACGUAAUUUCUAUUUUGGAAAAUUACGCAAGAUUGAAUGUCUCUGUAAUGACAAUGCAACAAAUGGAGUAUUUUCAUCUUUAAUUGAACAAAUACAAAAAAUAAUUCAAAACAAAAAUGAAAAUGAAGAGGAGCAACAACCAUUAAAUGGAGAUACUUUUACUAAAGAUGAGACUUUUACUGCAAAACCAAAAGAAAUUGAUGCCAAUCAAUUUCCUAUUGUUUUUGAUGAUAGUGGAAGUUUUGGGAAUCCUGACAAUAUUUUGGAUAUUGCUAUGAAUGUUACUAAAGACGAGACAAACAAUGAAAUAAAUUCUACUCAAAUAAUAAUUCCGUCUGUUCAACAACAGCCAUUAAUUGAGCCAGAAUUUGAAAAAGAACAACAACACCAAUCUGCUAUGGGAGACUAUAGUAUUGAGGGAAUUCCGGGAAAUAAUACUUAUAAUAUUGAUGAAGGAAUGGAAGGAUUAGAUGCUAUUAAAUUGCCACAUUCUAUAAUCUCUGAACAAGAACUUCAAAAUGCUGAACGUUCAAUGGAAGCUGCUGGAAAUAAAGUUCGGGAAGAAUUAAACACUGAAGUUGGGAUUAACAAUAAUGGUGGUGUGGAGAGUGAUGAUUUGGUUAAAAAUACUAAAUGA